AUGUGGAAAAUUUUGUUCUUCUUUGCUUCCAUUGUGUGUGGUGGCACCACCCAUGUCUCUCUGGUUCAGUCGUUCGUCACGGUACGUUCACGAUGCAGAACGAAACCGAGGUCGAACGCGAUUGACCAGCCUGUUCUUUUCUAGCGGCCCGAUAUCCUUGCACCGGUUCUCGACAUUCGAAAAAUUGACAAUUCGAUCGUCUCAUCCGGGUCUAUCUUCCUGACAACAUGGGAGGGAGAAGCUCAGAGUGCUCCAUAUAUCUAUGCUACCAACGGAGUGAGUCAGCAACUCGAUUGCAGUCCAUGUGAAUACUAACUUGGUCUGCGAGGACCUUGUAUGGUCUGGCUACAACCCGUCGCUUCCAAAUACUGAGUACUUUAACUUGCAGCCUCAUCACCUCAGCAAUGGAACGUCUGUUCUGAGCGUCUUCCGCGGACAUUCGGACAGCGGACGUGGACAGGGGCACGCUGCCCUCCUGGAUUCCUCGUAUAACCUCUUCAGAACCGUCGAGAUACCAUCAUCGAGGAGUGCAUUGGACUUUCACGAGUUCAAUAUUCUCGAUGAUGGGAACAUGGCCGUCGCCGUAGCCUUUCAACCAUAUCAGGGCGAUCUCUCACACUUGGGCAUUAAAGACACUCUCGGAUGGCUGCUGGAUUCCGUCUUCUUAUGCAUCGAUCUAGAGAGCGGCGCGGUAGCGUUUGAAUGGAAAGCCUCUGAUCACAUAUCGGUCAACGAGUCGGUGGUAUGGCCGUCGCUCAAGAAUGGUGCUGGACUAGCGUAUAACCACGCAUUUGACUGGUUGUAAGUUAGUCUCCUUUGCUCUGUCUUGUCUUACUGAGUGUCAAAUUUCUAGUCACAUCAACUCCGUCGCCCGAUUUGAGAACGGUGACUAUCUCCUCUCGGCUAGGCAUACUGACACUAUCUAUCGUCUCGACCGCAGGGAUGGAACUGUCGUGUGGAGGCUCGGUGGUCCACUAAGCUCUUUCCUCAUGGACGGUGUGGAUUUCUCCGCCCAGCACGACGCACGUAUCGUAAGCGAGUCGGCCGAAAAUGGUAACGUCGUGAUUAGUCUGUAUAACAAUGGGUUCAAUGGCCAGACUCGCACUGAGACAGUCUCUUCUGCCAUGAUGGUUGAGAUUGAUAAGCAUGCUAUGACUGCUCGCUUGGUGCGAGAGGCCUUUGCCCCAAUUCCUGGCUUGGCUCAAAACACAGGCUCGUUACAGUACCUUCCGAAUAAAGGCAAUUUUCUCGUCAGCUGGGGACAGAUGACCGACUACUCUGGAUUCACCGAGUUUGGGAAAGAUGGCCAAAUCGCGCUGGACGUGGCGUUUGGCGACCCUUCCACGCGUAACUAUCGGGUGAGAAAAGAUCGCUGGACUGGCCGGCCGACCGAAGAGCCCGAGGUUUAUCUUUAUGCUCAGUAUCCGGGUGCCAGUACACACUUUUGGAUCAGCUGGAAUGGUGCUACCGAUGUCACGUACUGGAAAGCGUACGAGCUCCAGCCCGACAAGGAGAAAUUCUUGAAGAAUUUGGAGAAAGACGGAUUCGAAACGCACGUGAAUCUUGAAACAUUCAUAUCCGAAGGCUAUGUGGAAGCAAUUGGAGGCGAUGGAAGGAUUCUCGGCCGAUCGAAACGCUGUAAGGUGUUCAUACCGCCGGCUACCUUGGCAGAGUCGUGUGGAGAGGCGCAUUGUAGGAAGCAGAUUAUGCAUGCUAAGGAAAGACGCGUCGAGAUGCGGCCUUCCGGUGAGACGGCGGGACGGUUUCAAUGGAGGAAAGAAGUUAUGCAAACUGUCAUCUUGCUUAGCAUUGGCUAUGCGAUAGGGAGAAGUAGAGGCUUGGCAGGCAUGUUUGUCCGCCGCCGACAUGCCGUUAUGGCAGAGGGGUAA